AAGCAAACAGGCGGAUUCCUAGAAGGCGCUGACAAGUUUCCAUAGCAAGAAAUAAAGACUUGACCUUGUCCAUUGUCUGUCCUCAAACUCCCAUAGCAAUUCUUUGAAUCUGUAUAUACCCAACCUUAGCAGACCGAGAGAAAGAGAGAGAAGCUUCAUCUGUUUACUUGCUCCUGUUCUCUUGUAAAGUUGAAUUUGUUUGCUUGUGAGGCAAAUAUGGCCGGAAAUGGAGGCGGGGCGGCGAUCGGGAUCGACCUGGGGACUACGUACUCAUGUGUGGGAGUGUGGCGGCAAGACCGGGUUGAGAUCAUAGUCAACGACCAGGGAAGGAGGACGACGCCGUCGUACGUGGCGUUCACCGACACGGAGCGCCUCAUCGGCGACGGCGCCAAGAAUCAGGUCGCCAUGAAUCCCACUAACACCAUCUUCGAUGCAAAGCGAUUGAUCGGCCGGAGAUUCAGCGACGAGUCAGUGCAAAGUGACAUGAGGCUCUGGCCUUUCAAGGUUGUAGCUGGCCCAGGGGAUAAGCCUAUGAUCGAGGUCACCUACAAGGAUGAGCGGAAGAAAUUUGCUGCAGAGGAGAUAUCAUCAAUGGUGCUCCUAAAGAUGCGAGAGGCUGCAGAAGCCUUUCUUGGAUCAACUGUCGAGAACGCUGUUGUCACUGUUCCUGCCUACUUCAAUGACUCGCAGCGCCAGGCGACCAAGGAUGCUGGAUCCAUCGCUGGCUUGAAUGUCAUGAGCAUCCUGAAUGAGCCCACUGCUGCUGCCAUUGCCUAUGGAUUGGAAAUGAACGUGGGCAAUGAUGGUGAUAAAAAUGUUCUUAUCUUUGAUCUUGGUGGGGGUACUUUUGAUGUCUCGCUUCUGACUAUGAAGCAGGGUGUCUUUGAAGUGAAGGCCACUGCCGGUGACACUCACCUUGGCGGAGAAGAUUUUGACAAUAGAAUGGUGGACUUCUUUGCUGAGGAGUUCAGGAGAAAGCAGAAGAAGGACAUAACGGGGAACCCCAGAGCUCUUCGGAGACUAAGGACUGCUUGCGAGAGAGCCAAGAGAAAUCUCUCAUCAACUAGUCAGACCACCAUUGAGAUUGACUGUUUGUAUGAGGGUAUCGAUUUCUCCACAACCAUUAGUCGUGCCAGAUUUGAGGAGCUUAACAUGGAUCUCUUCAAAAUGUGCAUGGGGCCGGUUGAGACAUGUUUAGCAGAUGCCCAUAUGGAAAAAAGCAGUAUCCACGACGUUGUCCUUGUUGGUGGUUCCACAAGAAUUCCCAAAGUGCAGGAGAUGUUAAAAGAUUUCUUCGACGGAAAGGAACUGUGUAAAAGUAUCAACCCUGAUGAGGCUGUUGCCCAUGGUGCUGCUGUUCAAGCUGCAAUUUUGAGUGGAAAUGCCACCGAGAAGAUCCAUGACCUAUUGUUGUUGGAUGUUACCCCUUUAUCUCUUGGAGUGGGGGUGGUUGGUGGUGUUAUGUCUGUUGUGAUUCCGAGAAACACUGCGAUUCCCACCAAGAAGGAGGGUGGGUUCACUACAGUGGCAGAUGACCAGACCAGCAUUCUGUUUAAAGUGUACGAGGGUGAAAGAGCACAAAUCACUGACAACAAUUUGCUUGGUGAAUUUAGACUUGCUAACAUUGUUCCAGCCCCAGCUGGUGUUCCUAAGGUCAAUCUAUGUUUUGAGAUUGAUAGAAAUGGUAUCUUACAUGUCUUGGCUGAGAACAAGGCAACUGGUCAGACGAGUAGGAUCACCAUCACCAAUGAAAAUGGAAGAUUGUCCAAAGCAGAGAUAGAUAGAAUGUUGCAGGAGGCUGAGAAGUACAAAGCUGAAGAUGAGGAGCUCAAGAAGAAGAUUGAAGCUAAGAAUGCGCUCGAGUUAUAUGUGUACAAGCUGAAGAGCGCUAUCAAGGAUCAGAAUAUCAUUCUCAAGCUGUCACUAGCUGACAAGAGGGAGACAGAAGAUGCAAUUGAGAAGGCCAUUCACUGGCUGGAUUGCCACCAAUUUGCAAAGAUAGAUGAAUUCGAAGAAAUGAAGCAUUAUCUGCAAAACAUUUGGAACCCCAUUGUUACUAAGGUGUACCAAUGAAGCUGGUAAUUUUGACAUAGCUGGCACCAUGGAUUAUGGCGGCCUCUCAGCAUGGUAGUGGUGCAGGCACCAUUGGCCAUUCAUGAGAAAAUUGAUCAUGUGAUAUUUCUUGACCUCUUUUUCAGCUUUAUCAGAUGCUAUUCAGAGCUCGUUUACAGGAAGGUUGUUUUGUUUGGUUUUCCUCUAAUGUUUGGCAGCUUCCAAGAUGAAAAGUCAUUAGUGUUUGGUCAGAAGUACUCUUGUGUAUGUGCUUCUCUGUUUGACCUCUCAUUCCAAAAAUUUACUUUGUUUCUUA